AUGUGCCGCGAGGCAAGGCUUUCGGUGAUUGGCACAGACGUCGGCGGGAGCUCCGCCUUGCUCGCGUCGCCGCUGCACCGCCGCUUCCUUUUGGAGGUGCGCGAGCUCGCCGUCCUCGGCUGGCCGCAGACCGUCACCUCGGUGGUCGGCUUUGCGCCUCGCAUCUUCCUGCUCUCGGCCGUCGCCCAUCUCCCGGAAGGAGAGCUCCUCGUGGGCGCUGCGGGCAUCGGGUCCAUGGUUUGCAACGUCUCGCAGCUGAUGCUGAUCCGCUCCUCCACCUUUGGCGCCGCGCCGCUCCUCUCGCAAGCGCAUGGAGCUGGCAACAGCCGCAGGGUCGGCACGGUCCUCAUGCGGCUCCUCGCCAUCCACGUGGCCUGCAUGCUCUGCUUCUCUCUCCCGCUCACCGCCGUGGCCGGCCCCCUCCUCGCGGCCGCCGGCCAGCCCUCCUCGGUCGUCGCCAACGCGCAGCGCUUCGUCUGGAUCCGGCUGCUCGGGCUGCCCGGCGUGACCGCCAACGUGGACUUGGCCGCCUUUCUGAACGCGCAGCGGUGCGUUCGGCUGCCGAUGCUCGUCAACGCCGCCCUGUCGCCCUUGCAAGUGGGCCUGGUGAUCGGCCUCACUCGCUCGUUUGGCUUUGAUGGUGCGCCCCUCGCGAUGACCAUCACCGAGCUGCUGGCCGGCCUGCUGAUCUGGCUGGCAGCGCCGGUGGUGCUGCGGCGGCACCGCCUCCGGUCGUGGCCGCGGUGGAGGGGCGAGGGGCGGCAGGCGCUGCAAGGGUGGAGCGAGAUUGUCAGCAAGGGCGCGCCCGCCGCCGCGAUGACCAUGUCCGAGUGGGCAGGCUGGGAGUGCACCCUCUUCGUGGCGUCUGGGCUGUGCGGCGGCGGCGCGGCGGCGUGCGCGGUGACGGCCGCCAUCCCCAUCUGCACGACGGUUUUUGUCUGCGAGUUCCUGCUCGUCUUUGGGUGGGGCCUCGCGGCGUGUAAUCGCAUAGGCAACUUGCUGGGAGAGGGAAAGGGGCAGGAGGCUCGCUUCUCCGGGGGCGUGGCGCUUGUCGCGGCCUCCCUCUCAUCGAUCACGCUCGCGGCGGUCGUCGUCUCCAACAGGCGGCGGAUCGCAACCUUCUUCGUGGAGGGCGAGAGCGAGGAGGCGGCGGCGGUGCUCGAGACGACGGUGUCGCUCAUGCCAGUCACGACCCUGUAUUCCGUCCUGGCCACCCUCGCCCCUGGGUGGAGCCAGCAGGUCCUGUUCGGGCUCGGCGCCGACUUGCGUGCGCCCGCGACCCUCAACAUAUUCGCCUUCUUCGCUGUCGGCGUCCCGGGAGGUUCGCUGCUCGCCUAUCGCUUCGGCAUGGGCGUCCAAGGCAUCUGGCUCGGCCUCGUCGCGGCCAUCGGCCUCGUCGUGGUGGGGCAGCACGCUCACCUGGCCCGGACUACGGACUGGCCCGAGAUGGCUCGCGUCGCGCGGGCGAGGGCCCUGCAACGGGAGGGCGCCGAAGCCACGGAGGGCGAUGCAGUGGCUCUGGCUCGGGCAAAAGAGCCGCCGGACCCUAAACGAGACGGCGAUGACGGGUUGGAGACUCUCGGUACUCAGUGCUCUCGUCUUUAA